AUGGACAACCAGGCUGGGACAUCGCGACUCGGCAUCUGCCAGUCCUGCAACGCCCACUCAGCACGCUACAAGUGCCCGCGGUGCUCGUUCGCAUCCUGCUCGCUCGCCUGCUCGUCCGCACACAAACUCGCCAGCCAAUGCGACGGGAUCGCUCCGCCCGUGUGGAGUCGACCGAUCCAGGCGAACGAGAUGACAUGGGGAUCGCUCAUGCGCGACCAGUCCUACAUCGCGGGCGUCGGAAGGGCAGUCGAGGAUGUCGGGAGGCAGUUGGUCGCGGACAAGGUCAUCCCGCACGGGCGUGUGGGCGGCAUGAGAGGAGAGGAGACGGUCAGGCUUGACGAGCGAAGCGAGAAGGAGGACAAAAUGGUGCGCGAGGCGAGGAGCGACGGCGUCGAACUUGUCCUCUUGCCCAAGGGAAUGAGCAAACGCUUGCGAAACGGCACGCGGUGGGAUCCAAAAAAUAACCGCCUCGAAUGGACCGUCGAAGUCGCAUUCCACCCUCGCCCUUCAUCCGACCCGUCCGCUCCCCCUCAACCUCCAACAGUCGUCAUGACUGUCCCUCAGCCCACGACUAGUUCCAUGCACGACGUCCUCACCGCCGCGCUAGCUUCGAAGGACAAGAAGGGGAAAGGGAAGGCGGUUGAUCCGGAGGAUGAGGCGUGGGUUGCGGCGGAGAGGGCGUGGGUCGCGUCGUUCGGGCUCGCACCAGCCAGGGCAGCGACAGGGGCGGAAGGUGUUGUCGUAUCAGAGGAACGAGCAGGAGGAGACGAGACGGGCGAGGCUGGCGGAUCUCUCGACCCUCCAGCACCUGUGGCGGGCGCUGCGCAAAUCGACCAUGCAGUUCCCACGACUAUCUCUACAACACCAAAAACCGACUCCUUCGUCCUCGUGCUCGCCUUUUACGCCCGCCCUUCUAUCGAUGCGCGACCGUCUCUCGCCGCUGCCGAAGAAGACGCAGAAGAAGACGACGACGACGAGCAGGCCGCCGACGAGUCCGCCGCCUCUUCCUCACCCACCUUCACCCCUCCCUCUCGCCCACCAGCACGGCAAGUCUACCUCCUCAGUCCCACACCCGCCCUAACCCUCCGCGAAGCCCUCGCCGGCUCGACGAUUCUCGAAACUCCCUCUUUCGAAGUCUGGCCUCGCUUGUCGUUCGAACAGCAAGUAAGGGAAGGGAGGGUGGAGGUGGUGCAGAAACCGAGUAAGGAGGCGGUUGUGCAGCGGUUGGAGAGGAGUUGGGAGGGCGGACGCGGACGUGGGAGAGGGAGAGGACGGGGACGUGGGAUGGGCGGGUCAAGGGAAGGUCACGGCGAUACUCGUGAGAGUGGUGGGAGGACGCAGGACAGCGGAUGGGGGAAACGGGCGGGACCAGCAGCGGAAGAAGCGGGUGCGGGAGGAGGACCGCGCGAGGAGAAGCGUGUGCGGCUGGAUCCGUCGACUGUCGCGGGUCUGCCUGCUCGUCCCGUAGACGGCGGCGGAGCCCUGUAG